AUGUGUGAAAAGAGCAAAAGGGUGAACAGGUGGCUGGGGUCGGUUUUCGGCGAGCAGGCGGUGCCAGAGUUUGAAGUGAGCGCACGCACCAUGGAACUUCUGGACCAGCUCGUGCAAAUCAGUGAAGCGAGGUGUGAGGAGGUCAAGCUCCUCAUAGAUGACCACAGGCAGAAAGCUUCAGAGUACAGCAGUGAUGGUGCCCACUUACAGGAACUGCUUCAUCAGAGUGUCGGGCUGCAACCUGGAAAUGUUUCGAAACCCACUUCAGACCUUCUGUGUGUGUUAGAAGGCACUGCUGAGGCACUGAAAGUUAAAGACACAUCCAUGGGGAGUUUUGUCCCCGCAGUUAAUAAACUCACCAAUGACCUGGCCGAGGCAGAGAAGGCUGACCGGAGGUUGGGACGGGAGCUCUCGGCUGUGAGGAAGAAAAUGGCUGCCACAAUAAUACUUCGGAAAAAAUUGCAAGAGGACCUGAGGAAGACCACGCAGGCCCAGCAGGUGGAGGCAGCUACAGCAGAGGAGAGACUGCUCAAUAUGGACUUCAUGAAGAAUAAAUCCAGAGACCUCACAUACAGGAACAAGAUAGCACAGGACAAACUGGCCUCUAGACAGAUGGAGGACUCUCUUACCCAUCAAGCCAUUGUGCAGCUUUCAGAAAAAACGACAGCACUGAAGCAGGAAAUUGUACCACUCAUGAAGAAAUUGGAGCCCUACAGUGACCUGAGCCCUAGUCCCGCCCUGGCUCGGGUUAAAAUUGAAGAGGCAAAGAGGGAGCUGGCAGCCCUCGAUGCUGAAUUGGAGCAGAAGGUGGACUUGAUGAACGCUUUAUCUAAAUAACCUACUGAGAUGAGAAGCUUUCCUGUCAUUAGUGUAGAUACUGAGCUAAUUUUGUACCAACUUUCUGCUAUUCUUAUACACUCACUGGCCACUUUGUUGGGCACACCCCCCUUGUAUCUACACUCAGUGGUUCCCAACCCAGUCCCCCAAAGUUGGACCACAUUUUUCAUUCAUUUGUUUGUGUUGAAGCGAAAAGUGUGGACCGUCUGGAGGAGGGGUCUGAUGACUGGUUUGAGAAUCACUGGUCUAUUUUAUCAGCUCCACCUACAAUAUAAGUGGACUUAGUAGUUCUGCGGUUACAGACUGUAGUCCAUCUGUUUCCCUGCAUACUUUGUUUUCUGUUAUUACGUUUAUCAGUGGUCAGGACCCCCACUAGACCACCUCAGAGUAUAAGUCGUGGAUCAUUCUCAGCACUGCAGCGACACUGAUGUCGUGGUGAGUGUUGUGCUGGUACAAGGCUUGUCACAAUUAUUACCACCUGAUUGCAGCUAUUUCGACGCUUGUUAGCUUUCACAGCCAUAUGUUUAAAUCACACAUUGAUUUAUUGGGGUUUUAAUCUGAUGAAAGGUGGGCUAACAAACUAUGUAGAAAGUCUGUAAUUGUACAACUACAAAGUGCCUCUGCUUAAACAGACAGUAAGUGCAGAUACAAGGCAGGUAGACCCAAUAAAGUGACCAGUGAGCGUUUUUUUUUAAUAAGACGUGGCCAUAAAUUACUAUAUUGAGGCCACAGAAUUAAUAUAAACAUUAAUAUAUUAAUUUGUGGCCACGCUUUAUUAAAAAUAAUCACGGUGUUGCUCUGUACUUCUCAAUGUUGAGGUGAAAAAUAAA